AUGGGUCUGGUUCGGACCGGUUUCCUGCGGUUCAGAAUUGGAGACCAGCUGGCGCGUUCUGAUUGGCUGUUCGUGGAUAACCUGGUUCAUGCGCAGUGUCUGGCAUUCGUUGGCCUUAUUCCGGACGGAUCCAGCAGCGGUGCUUGCAGAGGGGUUGGCAGUGGUGGGGUUGGGGAUGUAAAUGGGACGGGAAAGGGCGAGAAGGAUAGGAGUUGUGAGGAUGGAAGCUGCAAGUCUGCCGGGCAGGCUUACUUCAUAACUGAUGUUUCUGUUUCCCUGGUGGAAAUUCUAUUACUCCUGGUGGUUCAGAACUUGUCCCCAUCCCAUGACACACAUAUUUCUCAUCGCACUCAUCCUCUGCAAAUACCAUCAUCCAUCGUUCCCCACUGCCCGCCCACCACCUUAUUGACUCCCCUUCAGCUGGCAGUGCACCACGUGUUCUCAACAGAUAAGGCGAAAACAGACCUUGGUUACCAACCCAUAGUGGACCCCCGCCAUGCCAUGGAUGCCACGAGGGCGUAUUGGAGGCGCACAGCGCAAAGAGAAGUCCCCAUGCCUCCGCUCAUAGUCUGGGUGCUAGUCCCUCUGGGUCUCGCUUUGCUCUACCUGUCGGCCUUUUACCCCCGGCCGUCUCUCCCGCCGCCCGUGUGCUGGGUGCAAGACCUGGGUGUUUUUCUCUUCAUGUCCCGGAGUAUGCUGCAGACGGUGUGGUGGACGGCGCUUGCCAUUCAUUUAACCGAGGCGAGCAUUGCCUGGAUGGUGGCUCGGAAUUCAGGAGGUUCGGGGGCAAGGGGAGCUGAGGUGGACGGGUUGGAGUGGGACGAUGGGGAGGAUGGCAAAGUGGGGCCGUGGAGUGAAAGGCAGAAUGCAGCAGAGUGGUUCGUGCAGACAUUUCUGUUUGGGUUUUGGUCGCUACGGUUGCUGUUGCGGCGUGUCGUCUGGAGGAUGGUUGAUUCUGAGCAAAAUCAGCAGUGA